AUGGAGCAGUUAGAGAAGAUUAAUUUUCGCUGCAAACCAACUUUCCGAGAAGGAGGAUCCAGAUCUCCAAGAGAAAACUUUGUCCGACACCACUGGGUGCACAGGCGGAGGCAGGAGGGAAAGUGUAAGCAGUGUGGAAAGGGCUUUCAGCAGAAAUUCUCCUUCCAUAGUAAAGAGAUUGUGGCCAUCAGUUGCUCCUGGUGCAAGCUGGCGUUUCAUAAUAAAGUCACCUGCUUCAUGCUACAUCACAUUGAGGAGCCAUGUUCCUUGGGGGCCCACGCUGCUGUCAUUGUGCCUCCCACCUGGAUCAUUAAGGUGAAGAAACCUCAGGUGGUCUCCAUACCAGGAGACGAGCCUGAUUGGGCAGGAGACUGGAGCCCCGAAGGGGAAACGGGCGUCUCCUACCCCUAUUGGGAGGGUUGGCAGAACUCAUUGAAGACUUCAACACGGCGAAAGAAGAGAACGUCCUUUAAAAGAAAAGCCAGCAAAAGAAGCAAUGAAGAUAACAAAGGUCGACCAUUUGUGAUAAAGCCUAUCUCCUCUCCACUCAUGAAGCCACUACUGGUUUUUGUCAAUCCAAAAAGUGGAGGGAAUCAGGGCACCAAGGUUCUCCAAAUGUUUAUGUGGUAUUUGAAUCCACGCCAAGUCUUUGAUCUCUCUCAGGAAGGGCCAAGAGAUGCGCUGGAGUUGUACAGAAAAGUGCCAAACCUGCGGAUCCUGGCCUGCGGCGGGGAUGGGACGGUGGGCUGGAUCCUCUCCAUCCUUGAUGAGCUGCAACUCAGUCCCCCUCCUCCUGUGGCUGUCCUUCCACUUGGCACUGGGAAUGACCUUGCCCGCACCCUCAACUGGGGUGGGGGUUACACAGAUGAACCAGUGUCCAAGAUACUGUGCCAUGUAGAAGAUGGGACCAUUGUCCAGCUGGACCGCUGGAACCUCCAGGUUGAGCGCAACCCUGAUUUGCCACAAGAUGAGCUGGAGGAUGGGGCACGUAAGCUUCCACUUAGUGUCUUCAAUAAUUACUUCAGCCUUGGAUUUGAUGCACAUGUUACACUGGAGUUCCAUGAAUCUAGAGAAGCAAAUCCAGAGAAAUUCAACAGCCGAUUUAGAAAUAAAAUGUUUUAUGCAGGGGCAGCCUUUACAGACUUUCUGCAAAGAAGCUCAAGAGAUUUAUCCAAGCAUGUUAAAGUUGUGUGUGAUGGUACAGACCUGACUCCAAAGAUCCAGGAGCUGAAGUUCCAGUGUAUAGUGUUUUUAAACAUACCCAGGUAUUGUGCUGGCACAAUGCCCUGGGGAAACCCUGGAGAUCACAGAGACUUUGAGCCUCAGCGCCAUGAUGAUGGCUACAUUGAAGUCAUUGGCUUCACCAUGGCCUCACUGGCUGCUCUCCAGGUGGGUGGUCAUGGAGAGAGGUUACAUCAGUGCCGUGAGGUGACACUUUUAACAUACAAGUCUAUCCCCAUGCAAGUGGAUGGUGAACCUUGUCGACUGGCUCCCUCUCUCAUUCGAAUCUCCUUGAGGAACCAAGCCAACAUGGUGCAGAAGAGCAAGAGGAGAACAUCCAUGCCUUUGUUGAAUGAUCCUCAUUCCAUCCCAGAUCGCCUGCGGAUCCGAGUGAACAGGAUUAAUUUACAAGAAUAUGAGGGACUACAUUAUGAUAAGGAAAAACUCCGGGAAGCUUCCAUUCCCCUAGGAAUUAUAGUUGUACGAGGAGAUUGUGACUUGGAAACCUGUCGUAUGUACAUUGACCGUCUACAGGAGGACCUGCAGUCUGUACCUUCUACUACACAGAGAGUUCAUUACCAGGACCAAGAAGGCUCUUUCCCCAGAGUACUUUCUGUUCAGAGGCUAUCUCCUAGAUGGUGCUUCCUAGAUGCAACUUCUGCUGAUCGUUUUUACCGCAUUGACAGAUCUCAGGAACAUUUGCACUUUGUGACAGAAAUUUCGCAGGACGAGAUUUUUAUUCUGGACCCAGAGCUGGUAAUGUCACAGCAGGUGGGGACACCACCAGGAAUGCCUGAUCUGGUAGUGGAGCAGGCCUCUGGAAUAUCAGAUCGGUGGAACCCUGCAGUUCGAAAGAGGAUGCUGAGUGACAGUGGCCUCGGGAAGAUUUCCCCUCAUUACGAGGUACCUGACAAACAAAAGGACGCCUGCCAGACACAUAUGCUGCAGUCACCGGUCUCAUCAGAAGAUCAAGCACUUUUACAGGCAGUCAUAGCUGGUGAUCUGCUGAAGUUCAUAGAAUGCUGUAAAAAAGGAGCCAAUUUGUUAAUCCAAGGACCUGAUCACUGCUCCCUGUUGCACCAUGCUGCCAAGACUGGGCAUGGUGAGAUCGUGAAAUACAUCCUGGAACAUGGUCCAUCUGAAUUACUGGACAUGACAGACAGUGAAACGGGUGAGACAGCAUUACAUAAGGCAGCCUGCCAGCGCCAUCGUGCCAUCUGCCAGCUCCUGGUGGACGCGGGAGCCUCUCUGAGAAAGACUGACUCCAAGGGUAAGACCCCUCGUGACAGGGCUCAGCAAGCUGGUGACCCAGAUCUGGCAGCCUACCUGGAAAGUCGACAAAACUACCAAAUGGUUCCCCACGAGGAUCUGGAGACAGCAGUCUGA